GAGAGAGAGAGAGAGAGAGAGAGAGAGAGAGAGAGAGAGAGAGGGUACCAUUUACAACGACCUUUCCAAAUCCAAUGGCAUGUGAGCGCAUUUGUGCGCCUUGAAGCAGAUGAUACCUGAGCAUAUAGAAUAGGUCUGCGCGUAAGGUUGGCGCUGCGAUGCUUCUAAAUAGUUUGAAACAGCGCCAUGUUAACUGCGAUGAAGAAAAACAAGGCAACUGAAAAGUUUAGUUUAGUGAUACGGUAGUUCUCAGUCCUGGAUAACGACACGAGGAAUCUGCGGCUUCUGCGAUCAUGUUCUGACUCAGCGACGAGGAACAGACGGAGCGGAAUGAAGGCUUUGACAUGGAGCGUCAGACGGCGGCCGUUCCAGCGCUUCUGCUGCUGUGCGUUCGGCUUUCUCCUGGUUGUGUGGAUCGCACAGGUCCUGCAACUGACAGAGGUGGAGUCUUCGUGGCCAGAAACUGACAUUCCCAGACGCAGAGUCCUGCAGUAUGGAUUUGAGAAUCAAACAAUUCACACUCCCAGAGCAGCAAUUCAUGAGUUCCCUGAGGACAUCUUCACCAAAGAACAGCGGAAGAGAGGUGCCAUACUACUACACGUGCUAUGUGCCAUCUAUAUGUUCUACGCACUUGCUCUUGUUUGCGACGACUAUUUUGUCCCCUCCCUGGAGAAGAUCUCAGAGAAUCUGCAGCUGAGUGAAGAUGUGGCUGGAGCUACUUUUAUGGCUGCAGGAAGUUCUGCUCCCGAAUUAUUUACUUCCUUAAUUGGUGUAUUUAUCACAGAGGGGGAUGUCGGCGUAGGCACCAUUGUAGGGUCGGCUGUCUUCAACAUACUGGUCAUCAUUGGAGUGUGUGGCAUCUUUGCCCGUCAGACGGUGGUCCUUACCUGGUGGCCUAUGUUCAGAGACUCGUUGUACUACAUCUUCUCAGUGUUGGCCUUGAUUUUGGUUAUCUAUGAUGAAAGAGUUGUAUGGUGGGAAUCCAUGCUUCUGAUCUCCAUGUAUGGAGUCUAUAUCCUUAUCAUGAAGUUUAACCGUCAGAUUGCCAGCUUUGUCCAAAGAUCAUGUGGUAGUCCAGCUCAGUGUUGUGUCAGGAGAGAAAUGCCCACAGAUAAAGAGGGUGAUGAAGUGGGAGUCAGUUGCAACACCUCCAUGGUGCUGUUGAAGAAAGCUCCAGCAGACUCAGGGCAGGAAUCUCAAGUAGUGAUGGUGGAUGAGCUGCUGAUCUUGAGACCACACCAGCUCUCAUUCCCGGAGGCUGGGCUGCGUGUUAUGAUCACACCGCAUUUCUCGCCACGUACCCGUCUGUCUAUGGCUGGACGCAUGCUCAUCAGUGAGAGACAGAGGCUGCUUAGGGAGAGCAGGACCCCAGUGAAGACAUUUAGUUCUAGAGGGAUAGUAAAUGGAGGAAGUGCUGAACCACAGCAGACACUUGAGGACACAGAAAUGAUGGAUGGUAAGAAAGGAGUAAAGGUGGAUGUGGAAAACAAUCAGCCUGAAGAAGAGGAUGAGGAUGGGGACGAAAGGUUCAGACCUCUUCAUAUUCCUGCUGGAUACCGUGCAUGUAUGAAGUGGUUUGUAUCGUGGCCGCUGAGUGUUUUGCUGUAUUACACAGUGCCUAACUGUGUUUCGCCGCGUUGGCAUCGCUGGUUCAUGGUCACUUUUUUUGCUUCAACCCUCUGGAUUGCUAUUUUUUCCUACCUCAUGGUGUGGAUGGUCACCAUCAUCAGCUACACACUAGAUAUUCCGGAUUACAUCAUGGGAAUCACUUUCCUUGCUGCUGGCACUAGCGUACCCGACUGCAUGGCAAGCCUCAUUGUUGCCCGCCAAGGAAUGGGGGACAUGGCAGUGUCUAACUCCAUUGGCAGCAAUAUCUUUGACAUCCUGCUGGGACUGGGCUUCCCCUGGACUCUAAGAACUCUAGUAGUAGACUAUGGAUCAACAGUAUUCAUCAAUAAUAAGGGCCUGGUGUAUUCUGUUAUCCUGCUGCUCGCAUCAGUCUUCCUCACUGUCCUGAGUGUGCACCUGAAUGGCUGGAAGCUGGAUCGGAAACUGGGUCUUGGUCUCUUGCUCCUUUACUCCGUUUUUUUGCUCUGCUCCAUCCUCUUUGGUCAGCUCUAGAGGCUUCACACAAGUUUAUAUCCUGCAAAUCUGACUGUUUUUUUUUUGUUUUUUUUGCAUUGUUUUUUUGGGUUGAAUUUGAUAGUGCUUUUACUGAUCAGGUACUAAAUGUCGGCUGAUUUCAUGCCUUCAUCCGAUGUAGCAGCAAAAGGAAAUGAUGUGCUCUACAGAAUGGUUUUCAAACUGAAAUGACAGUGCUCAUAUCCAAUCAGUCCUCUGAUCUGUCCAUUAAGCACUGCUUCAAGCUGGAAGAUAUACUGUAUAAUAUAAUGGUUUUAUCUUCAGUCUGACAUCUUACAAGAACAUUGCAGUAUUACAAUAAGUCACUGUUUAGCUGCUUAUAACUUCAGUAUAUUCUCUUUGCUGUGUUAAACCCUUGUGAAAAAGAAGUACACUUUAGCAUACUUUUAAAAAGUAUUUAUUAUGGAAAAAAUAUAUAAGUGGAUGUCAUGUCUUCAGACACUUAAUCGCAGGUUAAUUACAAUUAAAUUAAAUUUUAUAAUAAUUUAAAUGUAUAUUAAAUGUGAUAGGUUGAACUUUACACCCACUUCAGUGUGACUUAAUAUCUUUAUUUGUAAUUUCAUAAUUACUUCUAUUGUCUUUGAAAUAUGGUUAGUGAACUGCCUAAUGCACUGAUAAGUAUUUAUGGUAAACUAAAAUCUGCUUUAAUGUCAUUUCUGUUGAAACUAGUAUGUCAUGCAUUUAAAUAUAUUUGUAAUUACACAUUUGUAAAGAUGAAGUUGC